AUGAUACGAGGAGCUUCUAGAUAUGUUACAUCGAAGUUCACACAGGAAGAUGACAAUCGUCUUAAGAAGCUUGUUAGCAAGUAUGGAACAGAUAGUUGGCGCGAAGUUUCAAAAUAUUUUCCUUACAGAAACGAACGUCAAUGCAGAGAUAGGUGGGAGAAAUUCUUAUGUCCAUCACUGAAUAAAGGACCCUUCACAGAAGAAGAAGACAUGACAAUAAUGCGAUUACACGCUGAACUUGGACCAAAAUGGAUGACAAUUUCUCGAUUAAUGAACAACAGAUCAGAUGUCAGUAUAAAGUCUAGAUACAAUAGUUUAAUGAAACGUAUUAAUACACAGAAAAAUUCUAGUUUUGCGCAAAAAUCAGAAAAUAUCUCUCCAAAAAUAGCCACAGAAGCAUGUAUUCCUGAAGUAUCAAAUGAAAUUUCAGAUCCUAUUUUAAAUUUUGAUGAAAAAUCCCGUCAAUUAUUUGAUACUGAAGAUUUUUUCAAUGAUUUUAUCAUUUUUUGA